GCUGCUGUGGUAACGGGGUCGCCCGACUUCUCCCUGCCCCGCCGCGGCGGCGGCCAUGAGGGCGGCGACGAGGGAGCUGCCGGCGGCGGCCGAGGAGACGGGCAGCGAUGUCCGCGGGCAGGCAGCGGGAGGCAGGCAGGCGUGGAAGAAAUCUGUGUAUGUUGAACCAUCUAGGAGAGUUAAGGAACUACUCGAAGAAGAGCUUUAUAUUCAGAAAGAAGCAUGCUAUGUUAAACAUCCAGUGGCAGAGGCUCUGGAAGGAAUUUGGAACAUGAAAAAGAAUUUUUCCAUUGGAAGCCUGAAUCCAGUGCCACAGAACAGAAACAGUCUACUUUUACAGCCUCAAUUCUACUCAAGACAUACAGGAGUGAAAAAUUACUGAACUUUAGUGCUGUGAAGACCUGAGCCUGUGUGUCAAAUCAAACAUCAAAAUGACUAACUGCCUUUGGAAGUGUAGAUCUCUAUUUUUAAGAUUUUGAAGAAAGUUCUGCUUGGAAAGGGAGGUAUUUUUUCUUUGUUAUUGUUUUAUUCAUAUCUUCACACUGUUUUAAUAUGAUAUUGUAGGGGCCAAAUGUCAUCCAUAUUUCAGCCAGUGAUGAAGAUGUCACAACAAAAUGUUCUUACUGCUGUAGAACUGAAAGUUUUCAUUGGCUUCUCUGUUGCAAAGUCAUUGUAAAUUCCAGCAGAAAAUUGUAAUGUCAUUGAAGAGAUGCCUUAAAGUGCCUUAUGCUGAGUCCAUUCAUUAAACUGAGCAGUUUGGAAGCCAA